AUGCAAAACUUGUGGAAAGCUUCACACCGGAGAAUGUUUAAUGGGAAAGAAGGGGUGUUACAUCUGUGGUCAGGAGGACAUCCUUAUUUUAAGUGCCCUAGUCCCGUGAGGACCUGUUUCAAUUGCUUCACUCCUGGUCACGUAAAAGCUGAAUGUCCAAAGCUUAAACAACAGGGGCAGAAAUAUGAAAAGAAGAAUGAAAAUAAGAAGGCUCGGGGAAGAAUGUUUCAGAUUACUACCGAGGAGGCCAAGGUUUCACCGAAUGUCGUAUCAGGUAUUUUCUUAAUCAACCAAAUACCCGUGAAUGUGUUAUUCGAUUCCGGUGCUAGUAAAUCUUUCGUAUCAGAUGAACUUAUGUGUUACCCCUCCUUUCGAAAGGAACGAAUGCCUAUACCUUUAGAAGUAGAAGUAGCGGAUAGCAAAAGUUAUUUGUUGUAUGAAGUUUGUAAAAAUUGUAAGAUCACCAUAGAAAGCGAAGAAUUCGAAAUAGAUCUCAUUCCUAUGACUUUGGGGGAAUUUAAAGUAGUAGUAGGGAUGGAUUGGUUAUCCCGUUAUCACGCGGAAAUUCGAUGCGAGGUGAAAGUCAUUCAUGUAUUCUCACCUAGUGGGGCUCGAAUAAGUAUUCGUGGGGAAAGAAAGCUAGAGACAAAACUGUGCAUGAUUGUCGAAGCGGUUAAGCACGCAAGAAAUGAGGGUAAGGCCUACUUGGCUUAUGUUGUGGAUACAAGACAGAAGGUACCUGAAAUUGGAGAAGUAGAAGUGGUGAACGAGUAUGCGGAUGUGUUUCCGGACGAAUUACCGGGAUUACCACCUGAGCGAGAGGUGGAAUUCCGAAUCGAAUUAAACCGGGGUGCCAAGCCAGUGGCUAAAGCUCCCUAUAGAUUAGCUCCCGCCGAGAUGCGAGAGCUAAUGACACAGAUACAGGAACUACUCGAUAAGGGUUUCAUACGCCCAAAUGACCUUUUUGACCAAUUGCAAGGAGCAAAUUGGUUUUUGAAAAUUGAUUUGCGCUCGGGGUAUCAUCAACUUCGGGUACGAGAGGAAGGUGUUUCAAAAAUCGCGUUCAGGACCCGAUAUGGACAUUACGAGUUAUUAGUAAUGCCAUUCGGGCUGACUAACGCACCGACCGCAUUCAUGGAUCUGAUGAAUAGAGUAUGCCGGCCCAUGUUAGAUAAGUCUGUUAUAGUGUUUAUAGAUGACAUCCUGGUAGAGGUGCAAUUUCUUGGCCACGUUAUUAAUAAGGAUGGUGUCUUGGUGGAUCCAACUAAAGUAGAGGCUGUUAUGAACUGGGUUCCUCCUAAGAACCCGAGUGAAGUGAGGAGUUUUCUAGGUUUGGUUGGGUAUUAUCGAAGGUUUAUACAGGAUUUUUCUAAAAUAUCGUUACCCUUGACCAAACUAACCAAGAAGAAUGAGAAAUUUGUAUGGGGAAUUGAGCAAGAAAAAGAAUUCCAGACUUUAAAGAGUAAGUUGUCUGACGCCCCAAUUCUAACCUUACCCGAGGGUUCAGAAGACUUAGUGGUAUACACUGAUGCUUCACAUCAGGGCUUGGGGGCUGUUUUAAUGCAACGGGGUAAAGUGAUAGCUUAUGCUUCAAGGCAGCUUAAACCACAUGAAAGCAACUACCCAACACACGAUCUAGAAUUAGCUGCAGUAGUAUUCGCGUUGAAACUGUGGCGACAUUAUUUGUACGGAAUUAAAAGCACCAUAUAUUCGGACCACAAAAGUCUCAAGUAUUUCUUCGAACAAAAAGACUUGAAUAUGAGACAACGAAGGUGGUUAGAAUUAAUCAAGGAUUAUGAUUGUGAAAUCCUUUAUCAUCCGGGGAAGGCCAAUGUCGUAGCAGAUGCGUUAAGCCGGAAGGAAUACCCAUCACCCAUACAAGUUAAGUCAAUGAAAAUGACUGUCACCCCUAAACUUUUGGAGUUGAUCAAAGAGGCCCAAACAAAAUCCUUAAAUGCUACUGACCCAAAGAAGGAAAGAAUGAAAGGCUUAAUUGGGGAAUUAAAAAUGAAUGGUGAUGGCAUCAUGACCAGGUAUGGCCGAAUCUGGGUACCUUGGUUAUCCGAGGUGAAGUCACUAUUGCUAGAGGAGGCUCACAAAUCUCGUUAUACGUUGGCAGAAAUUUAUAUGAAUGAAAUAAUUGCUCGUCACGGAGUACCCGUGUCUAUUGUGUCGGAUCGUGACACAAGAUUCACGUUUCGAUUUUGGCGAAAAUUUCACGAAGAUGUGGGCACAAACUUGCGACUAAGUACAGCAUACCAUCCGCAGACGGAUGGACAGUCGGAAAGAACUAUACAAACGUUACUAGAUAUGUUGAGGGCUUGUGUCAUAGACCUUGGGGGUAAUUGGGACAACCAUUUACCGCUGGUAGAGUUCGCGUACAACAACAGUUAUCAAAGUAGUAUCAAAAUGGUGCCAUAUGAAAUGUUGUACGGUAGAAAGUGUAGAACCCCUGUAUGUUGGGGAGAAAUCGGGCAACGAGAACUUGCUCCUAAGGAUGUUGUGGCAAUAACGAAUGAAAAGAUUGAUCAACCACGAGCUCGUUUGAAGGCAGCGCAAGACAGACAAAAAUCUUAUGCAGAUAAAAGAAGGCACCCUAUUGAGUUUCAAGAAGGGGAUCGAGUGUUCUUAAAGGUCUCGCCGUGGAAGGGUAUAAUACGGUUCCGUAAACGGGGAAAAUUGGGUCCUCGGUACAUUGGACCGUUCAAAAUAAUGGCCCGUAUUGGUAAAGUGGCAUACCGGUUAGAAUUACCCCCGGCUCUAAAUGGAAUCCAUAACACGUUUCACGUGUCUCAACUAAGAAGAUGCCUCGCGGACGAUACAGCGCAUGUGUCACUUGAUGAUAUUGAAUUGGAUGAUAAAAUGAAUUAUAUUGAAAAGCCGGUGGCUAUCAAAGAUUCCAAAAUAACGUAUCUACGAAACAAGGCCAUUCGACAAGUUUUAGUUCAAUGGCAACAUCGGAAAGGAUCGGAUCUAACCUGGGAAUCGGAAGAUGAAAUGCGAAAGCACUACCCGUCUCUUUUUGGUACGUAUUAA